GAAUGGGAUGAACAGAAAUUUAACCGUACAUACAAUAAAUAAACAAAUAUACUCCAAUAAAAUAGGCCAAACAAACAAAAUUCAGUCAUCAAAUUUGAUUGAAACUAAUAAAAUCGACCAUAAUAGUUGUACAUUUCGAUCAGUUCGAUUUUAACCAUCGUUCAUUAUUCUUGUACAGUUUCGAUUCUUGUAAAACACCACACUCCAACUUUAUUUCAUCGACCAAAUUUUAUAAAUCGGCAUCGCUUGUAUCCACCAAAUUUACAAAAAGAUUGCGUUGUUGGUCGACACGCUAUCGCCUGUGCAUCGGCAGUGAAAUAAACUAUAAAUUCAAUUUAAAGUGAAAGUAACGUCGUUUUUCGUUCGUUUCCAAUAAAUUACCAAGUAUCUCGAACUCUCCGAAAUCAUCGUAUAUGUUUAUUAAUCGCACACGUACAACCGAUUUCAAUUAGAUACGAGCAGAAAAAUACGCCAAAUUGAAAAAUCCGUGAAUUUAUUAAGUCGCCUGCAGAAGCGCAUAAAGAAUCGGAAACAAGUUGAAAAUUUAUCAACCACAAAUCGACUGUAGUCAUAUAUAUAAAUCGACGGUAUCGCCGUUUCAACGCAGAUCGACGCCAAUUUUGUGUAAAAAACGUCUAGAAUUAUGUAUAUGAUACCGGAUGAUGAAUACGAUAUGAACAUUAAGCAUGCAAUGCUUCAUGCUGAUCUCGGUCAAAUUUACGAUUUGUCGAAAGAAAAGAGAAAUUUAGUUCUACCAUAUGAAGAUCGUCACAAAAAAAUACGUGAUAAGAAGCGAGCUGAACGUGCUCAACUCAAUUCAGCCGAUGGAGAUACAGCCGAAAUCAACGACCAGUUCUAUCGCGAUCACAAACUAUUGCUAGUGCUAUUUCGUGUAUUGGCUGUAAUGCCUAUCACCCGAUCGUCGCCUGGAAGAGUGACAUUCAAAUGGAAAUCGCUCGCUACAAUUUAUGCCGUAUUCUUUUACAUUGCAAUGACAGUGGUGGUAUUUUAUGUUGGUCGAGAACGUAUUCGCAUACUUUCCGAAACAAAAAAAUUCGAUGAAAAAAUUUAUGCGUACAUUUUUCUCAUAUUUUUGGUGCCACACUUUUGGAUCCCGUUCGUUGGAUGGGGUGUGGCGAAAGAAGUUGCCGUUUACAAAACAAUGUGGGGUUCAUUUCAGGUUCGAUAUUAUCGUGUAACGGGAAGAAAUUUGGUAUUUCCAAGAUUGAAAAUGCUGUUGUACUUCAUAUCGAUUGGUUGCGUAUUGUGCGCUCUUUUGUUUUUGAUGUCGUUGAGUGCAUUGCUUGAAGGAUUUUUACUCUGGCACACAUCGGCCUAUUUUCAUAUCAUAACAAUGAUUAACAUGAAUUGCGCCUUAUGGUAUAUUAACUGCCGCGGGAUUAAGGAAGCAUCAAAAAGUCUUUCGAAUUCUUUCAAAGAGGAUUUACAUGAGGAUAUUAAUGCGCAAAUCAUUUCGCAAUAUCGUUAUCUUUGGCUGAAUUUGAGUGAGAUGUUGCAGGCGCUGGGAAAUGCAUAUGCACGUACCUAUUCCACGUAUUGCUUGUUCAUGUUUGUCAACAUAACAAUCGCCAUUUAUGGAGCUGUUAGUGAGAUAUUCGACCACGGAUUUAGAUUUUCAUUCAAAGAGAUGGGCCUCUUGGUCGACGCAACUUAUUGUUCAAUAUUGCUGUUUGUUUUCUGCGACUGUUCGCAUAAAUCAACUUUAACGGUUGCUCAAGGAGUCCAAGACACAUUACUUUCCCUUAAUUUAUUCAAUGUUGAUUUGCCGACACAAAAAGAGAUUGAUCUCUUCAUUCAAGCAAUUGAAAUGAAUCCGGCCGUUGUGUCGCUCAAAGGGUAUGCCGAUGUAAAUCGUGAACUUUUGUCAUCGUCGAUUGCAACGAUCACAAUUUAUUUGAUUGUUCUUUUGCAAUUCAAACUAUCGUUAGUCACACAAUAUACGCAUGUCGCCGCACAUUCUACUUAAAUUUGAAAAAAAAAAUCAAACCAUUGAAUUUGAACUUCUUAGUGAUUUUGAUGUUUUAACAAGUUUCCGUCGUUUUUACCACUG